AUGCUUAGACAGCUUAUUAACAUAAAAAACUUCCUUACUAGGCAUAACAUCAAUCAAAUACAUGAGAUAGAUGAUAGACCAAUACAUUGUCUCAUUUAUCGGUUUAUUCAAUUCUGUAUUUCAAUCUAUAUCAUUCUAUUAAUCUGCGAGGGUAAAUUAUAUUUAAAAACGGACCCUCUAACACCUGGCGCGGUAAGAUUAACAUUACAGGAACCAAGUAAUUUUAUAAAACCCUCAUAUUGUGUGGAAUCGCCACCAAACGCAAAUCCAUCAAGUUGUGCAGAAGAUAAAUUACCCUGCGUAUAUUGGGGAGCAAAAGAAAUACAAUAUCCAAUCGAGGAAACGGGCGUAGCAUUUUUUACUACAAGAGCAAGUAUAGUAAAAUAUCCACCAGGAACAUGCAAGAUUUUAGCAUCAUCACCUAAAGAUGCUUGUAUAAUUAAUUCUCAUAAAACUCAUAAAGCUCAUGGUGAAUCUGUAAUGAAUAGUUCUUUUAUCGCUGAUAUUGAAAAUUACACUGUUAUGAUCGAACAUUCAAUUGCUUCUAUUGAUGGAAAAGUCUUACUUAAAAAUAGAUGUAUGAAUGGUCAAUUUUUAUCUGCUGACGAUAAGACCGUAAUUAAAUCAUGGUGGACUGAUUGUGGUAAAGAAAAACUGAUGAUUGAUCCAAAAGACGAUGGUGAUGUUUUAACACUGAAAGAAAUUUUGGACGCUGCAGCUUGCUCAACCGCUCCUGGUGCAAACGAGUCAAAUAGAUCCUCUGGUAUUAUUAUCGUAAUUGUAAUAUACUAUGAAUAUUAUCAAAAUCCAUAUCCAAUCUCGUACUUUAUCAAUAACGUAUACAAUUAUAAAUAUAAGGCAAGAAUUAUUGAUGAUGCUAAAUAUAAAAUAAUUGAAGCUACUUCUAAUAUUGAUGAUGGUUCUUAUACAAUUAAAAAUCGCCAUGGGAUUCGGUUUGUAUUUAAUCAACAUGGAAAAAUUAGGUCAUUCAGUUGGACAGCCUUAAUUAUAAAUGUCACAGCAUCUCUUUAUUCAUAUAGAGUUGUAUCCUUAAUUAUGGAUUUUUCAAUAAGACACGAAGUGGAUAAAUUGUUUGAAAAAUAUUGCAUGAAUAUAUAUACAUGGUUUAAAGGAAUUUUCCAUUCGAAUAGGGAUAAUGAUAAUAAAGAUAAUGAAGAAUCCUUACUUAUUUUGUAA